AUGCCGGUCUCGGUCGCCCGGCCCAUGUCAACGGUCUCGGAACAGCAUCUGAAAAGCAGAUUCUACGCCGGAUUCCUUCCUGGCUGGACAGCACAUUUGGAGUCGUGGAGAGAGGCUCGGAGAAUCCAGCGUACAUUCCUGCUUGGCCCUGAAUGGAUGUCACAGAGGAUGUACCAGCUCAGCCCUGCAGAGGUAACACAAAUUCACACAGCUAGAUCUUGGCAAAUCACUUGGUGUGACCGGCGAGUCGCAAUGCAGGACCUGACGCUUGCCAAGACGCUGGUCAGGCCGGCGCAGAUGUUCCUCAUCGACGAGGCCAUGGCAGGGGAGAGCGUUCUGACGGAGAGCAGGUACGGCACGGUUAGCCGCGUGUUUGUCAUGGCCGAGGAAGACAGGACCUGGCCGGCGGAGGAACAGCGGGAGGCGGCGGCCUCCGUCGGCCCCGGCGUUGAGGUGAAGGCAAUUGGCGGAGCUGAUCACAUGCCCAUGUUCUCCAAGCCAGCGGAGCUCGCCCAACUCAUCUUGGAAGUAGCUGACAAAAUUCUGUCAAUAAUAUCUCCUGGUUACAAGACAAGGAUGUUUCACCUCUUCCUUCUCCUAUCGAAGUGUUUCUUGCGAGCAAGUGGUCCUGACCACACCAACUUCAGAGCAAAGACGACCAUGGAGAGCGGCAAGAAGCAGCAGCACCACUUCGUGCUGGUGCAUGGCGUCUGCCACGGCGCGUGGUGCUGGUACAAGGUGGCCACCCUCCUGUCAUCGGCGGGUCACCGCGUGACGGCGCUGGACAUGGCCGCGUGCGGCGCCAGCCCCGGGCGCGCCGAGGAGGUGCCGUCCUUCGAGGAGUACAGCCGGCCGCUCCUGGCCGCGGCGGCCGGCCUGGCGACCGAGGAGAAGGCGGUCCUCGUCGGCAACAGCUUCGGCAGCAAGAGCCUCGCGCUCGCCAUGGAGUGGUACCGGGACAGGGUCGCCGUCGCCGUCUUCGUCGCGGCUGGCAUGCCCGCCGCUGGGAAGCCGAUGACGUCCGUCUUCGAGCAGCUUUCGCAAGAAGAGCAGCCAGCGGAUCGCUGCAUGGACUGCGAAUUCGUAACCAGAGGCGACCCCCAGCAUCCCGUGGAGACAUUUCGGUUCGGGCCACAGUACCUGAAGCACAGGUUGUACCAGCUCAGCCCCCCAGAGGACCUGACCCUGGCAAUGGCGACACUGAGGCCGUCACGGCGGUUCCUAGACGAUGCGACUAUGAACGGGGACGUCCUGACGGCGGAGCGGUACGGCGCCGUGAGACGGGUGUGCGUCGUCGCCGAGGAUGACGCGUCGUCGUUGCCGGCAGGCUUCCAGCGGCGGAUGGCGUCGCUGAACCCCGGCACGGAGUCAAGUAAGGUCAGCAUUAAACAGUGA